AUGAUAAAAACCGAAGAUAUUAAUCAAAACACAAGCGAUCCCCCAGUUUUAGUAACAACAAUCUCAUUGUCUAUUGCAAAGCAAGAAUAUGAAAUAAUCGAAACAUUAAAGUUCUAUAUAGAAUUUGGUCGCAUGAAAGAUAUAUUCACACGUGUCAUUUUGGAGAACGAAAAUAUUAAAACAAAACAAAUUUUCCUGGGCAAAGACGCUAAACUUAUCAAUGAAUACCUCUUCAGAGUUGAUAAAGGUGCAUAUCUUCACAAAUAUGCAGGCCUUUGGGCUCUUGGAAUGGAUUUGUUACCAACAUCGGAAGAACAAAAUUUAAAUUUAUUUGUUUAUAAAGGAUGUGCUUGUUCUAUUAAUGUUUGGUUCAAAAACCCAUCAAUACCAGAAUCAUUCGAGCCUAAAAUAACACAAGGGACGCGGACAGGUCACAGAAAUUGUUCUACAAGAUAUACUAGUAAUAAUUUACACAAAUUGGGAGAUAUAAAAAAUGGAGAAAAAAUAGUUCGUUUUUCAAUAUGGGCAAGUAACAACGGAAGUCGUGGCGCAAUUGGAUUUUUUAAUUCUACUGAUCUUUUUCUAGAAAUAGAGCUCAUUGGCAGAGAAAUAAUAUUAUUUCCGUAUAUGGUAAUAUUUCGUUAA